AUGGCUACCCACUACACAGGAAUCACCCUCUUUGAGCUGCUGUCUACUCUGGGCCUGAGGGAUCUGCAGGGAGGGAAGCUCACUCUCAGCUCAGUCCUGGAGAUAACGAGCAACACACUGUCUGAUACACCAACACAAGGUCUACAGCAACUACCAUGGACUUUCUUAAGAAAGCUUGUCAUGUCUAAUUUAAAUGCAAGGAAUAUACAAUGUGCACAAGACCAACCAAAUUACAAUUCUGGUUUUACUCAUGAUGAUAAUUAUUAUUGUCGUAUGAAUCCUCUAGAUUUGAUCACUGCCCUUUUCCACUGUGCAGAUCCUUUCCUCCAGCAGGAAAUUAUCUCCAAAAUGUCGUUGUGCCAGUUUGCUGUUCCUUUGCUGCUGCCAAACUGUGACACACAGCGAAGUACUAUGAUGCUGUGGGCCAUGAGAGAUCUAGUUAAAAACUACAAACCUCAUUCCUCAUUAGGUGAAGGGGCGUUAGUAGAGGGCAGGAUUGUAGAGAUGGAAAUCCCCAUGGUGUCUUUUGUUAGGGUGGGAAAGAGCAGUUUGUCUAAAUCUGACAUUCUGAAUAAAUUGCUUAGCAAUACUUCUCAGCACAAUGAAGCAUUUAUCCAUCAUGACAUGCCAUGUGGUGAUGUGCCCAGGAGAAUCUCAGAUGGGCUGGUUGAAAUCAGCUGGAAUCUGCCCUGUGGGAACAAAAACAUUGACACAUUCACACAGCCAGUAGCCAUGGCCAACCUGAGAGGAGACAGUAGGUCGUUUGAAGCUCAAGUGUCCUUCCUGUGUCAGACCUCAGCUGCUGUUUUCAUCUUCACUGAUGACUUGCAGGCUGACCUCAGUUCUUUCACCAACACACAGAGAAAAGUGGAACUGUUUCUGGUUACCAACUCUCAGAAUAAGAAUUAUAAUGAGGAGAAACUCAAGGAUACUUGCGGAAAACACAAAUUUCAAGACAACCCGGUUCUAAUUAGAAAAAAGCAAAAUCAGCAUGAAUUUGUAAACAUGUUGCGUUGCUAUGUAAACCGCAUUGUUCAAAAUGAUUUGCCGAAAACCAACAUGUUUCAUUUGGCGACUGUAGCUCGACAGAUUGGAAUUGCAGUAGAUGAGGACUCAAGUGAAUGUCAGGGUGGCGGAGAGUAUGCUGAAAGAAUUAGUGAAAUGGUGAAGGAUGUUGUAGCCUUUAAGGAGAAGCAGUUGCCUUUGCAUGGAGCCUUUUGGAAGGAAAUCAGUCAGUUGGAGAAGGAGAGAUACAGAAUGAGAAAUCCAAAUAAAAAUAAAGACAUAGAACAUUACAGGAAUUUCCUGAUUAAGCAAGAACAAAAAGUGAGACUACAACAGCAAGAGACUAAAACAUCAGAUGCCAUGAACAAAUUUAUUGCUGGAAUCUCACUAUCAGAAACAAAGCGUCUCUACUUCCUCAAGUGGCUGAAAAUUCAGCUAGACACCUUGACCAGACAUAACCUAUCCAAACUGAAACAGCAGUACAAAGACUGUUGCAUAAAUCUUCCAGAAAACAAGGAGCAGAUAAAUAGCUUAGAUGAGCAAAUCUCCAACUGCUCGUUGGGUCCUGAGCAUUUCUUCCGAGAGCUAGGUCAGAUUUAUGAGUGUGCUUGCUCCCUUCCACAACAUCACCCAGCCAGACAACAAGUCCAGCACCUGCCUCGUCUGUGUGCUCAGAUGCUGCUGGAUGGGUUUCCAAUGGAGCUGGUGGAUGGAGAUGCUUCAAACAUCCCAAUGAAGUGGAUAUCAGCAGUCCUGACUGACCUGAAUCAACUGGUGGACACCAAGAGCAGGAUCCUGGUGUUGACUGUGCUGGGGGUGCAGAGCACUGGGAAGUCCACCCUUCUCAACACCAUGUUUGGGCUACAGUUUGCUGUCAGCAGUGGACGAUGCACCAGAGGAGCCUUCAUGCUGCUGAUGAAGGUCUCUGAGGAACUCAGACCUGAGCUCAAUUGUGACUUCAUCAUGGUCAUUGACACUGAGGGUCUAAAAUCACCUGAGCUGGCUGCACUGGACACAAGCUACGAACAUGACAACGAACUAGCAACCCUGGUGAUAGGGCUCAGUGACAUCACCAUUAUCAAUGUUGCCAUGGAGAACAAUACAGAGAUGAAAGAUAUUCUCCAGAUUGCAGUCCAUGCCUUUCUGAGAAUGAAGGAGGUUGGGAAGAAGCCCAGAUGUCUGUUUGUGCAUCAGAACGUGUCAGACAUGUCUGCUCAUGACAACAACAUGAGAGAUCGGAAUAAACUGGUGGAGCAGCUCAAUGAGAUGACUCUAGCAGCAGCUAAGAUGGAGAAGAAAGAAAGCAACACAAAGUUCACUGAUGUGAUGAAAUAUGAUCCUGACAAAGACAGCUACUACAUCCCUGGACUCUGGCAUGGAACUCCCCCAAUGGCCCCAGUGAAUACUGGCUACAGUGAAGCUGUGUAUGAACUCAAGAAGAAUUUGAUCAGUCUCUUUGAGUCAAAUGAUUUGAAAAGCAAUGAUGCAACAGCGUUUCUGAAGUGGACUGAGAGUUUGUGGAAUGCAGUGAAAUUUGAGAACUUCAUCUUCAACUUUAGAAACAGUUUGGCGGCUGAUGCAUACUUGGACUUGUGCACUCACUAUAGCAGCUGGGAGUGGACAUUCCAAUCAGAGAUGAACAGCUGGCUCGAAGCAAAGACAACAGUGAUAUCCAAUUUUGGAAUAACAGGAAGGAAUGUCCAAAUCAGUGAAAUACACACUACAUUACAAGAUAUGUUGCAUGAGGCUUCAGAUGAACUGAAUAAAGAAGAGCAAAAUAUCCUGCAGAAUAUUGAGAAAUACUUUGAGAAAAAAGACAACAAGGUUUCUUUGGUACAUAAAUAUAAACAGGAAUUCAUAAAUAGUGCCAAGGCUUUCACACGAGAGACAAAAAUGUCUAUAAGACAGUCUUUGGAGCAAGCCGUUGAAAUAAGAAAGGAAAUGGAUAAGGUGAACACCAUCAAGAGCAAGCAAACAGAGACAAUUGAGGCAAAAGUCUUGGAGCUGAUUAGAAUUUGUAAGAGUAGAAAGACAGAUAUAUCUGAGAAAGAUCUCAACAAGGAAUUUGACGACAUGUGGGGAGAGAUCAUGUCUAAUUUGCCAGUUGUCCAGUUACAACAGAUUGAUGUGUAUAAGAAUGCAUUCCAUCUACUGAGGGACAACUUAAGUGCAAAAAGUGGAUAUGUCGCUAAAAUGCUCAGUGAGGUCGAUUUGAAGACUCGCGGACAGGAAGAUUUCACUGUUAAAGCUGGAUUUUUGAACAGGUUAAAAGGAAGACUAGUACCAUUUAUAUGGCGCUCCAAAAAAACACAUAUUGAGAAAAAGGACAAAAUCUGUGAUCACAUCAAGAUGAAGUGUUGCACUCGUGUUGAAGAGCAUGUUAAGUCAAUGAAGAGAAAUAACACAGCCUACAAUGACACAUACAUCAAAGAGAUUAUCAAAUUAAUUGAUGACAAAGUACAAGAUCAACGGAUUUCUGAUGAGUGUGAAGCUAAUCUAAAGUCUGAUGUCAUUAGUUUUGCAGCAAGGCGCUUCCAGGAAGCACACAAUGAAUUCAAUGCUCGCAAUGACCCACAUGAGCAUCUGAAAAGGUGCAAAAACACAUUUCUUCACUGUUUUUUAGCAAUGUUUAAUGAAAAAGACCAGUGUUUGAAGAAGGCCCAGGAAUUCACUGAAACGUGUAUAAAGCCAGCAAUUAAUGACUACGUAUCUAGACACCUCAGUCAGGCAAUAGCGAAUGAAAUGAAGACAGGAGAUGAGGGAGUGAUCUACAACACACGGACUAACUUCCAGUUUGCUGUCUUAAAACAGCUGCUUGAGGAACAUUCAUUUGAGAAGUACAAACAAUACACAAUAUCAUAUGAGCCAUUUGUGAAGGACUGGAUAAUGCAACAGAUCAUCAAGAGAUUGUCUGCAGGUGACCAGCUGGCUACACUCGAGAAAAAGCUCCUCUCAGACAUUGUGCUGAAAAUCAACAAUGCCAUCAAAGACACCAGCUCUACAGGGAAUAAGGCCAUCAAAGGGUUAAUUCGGAAGUUCUGCUCUGCCCUUCAGGAUCAGCUGGUCAUCCCAAGAGACGCCUUAGACAACUUUAUGAUUCUUAUCAGUGUUGACACGGACCAGUUUGCCUCCAACCUCAAAGAGUUCAUAAAUGAUAUGGAAGAGUCUUUAGCACAGGACUACGAUGGGAGAACAGGUAGUUCCCACAUCACUGAGAGAAUUGAGCAGCUGCCCUCUAAACCCGAUGAUCUGCUCUUCUCCAGUGUGUGUGGAUGUGGACACCAGUGUCCUUUCUGCAACACGCCCUGUGAAGCAGGCGGGCAGGGCCACCCCAAUCACUUCUCCAGCAUGCACAGGCCUAAAGGUCUUGGAACAUACAGAUAUGGGGAUCACGGAAAGCUGCUAACAGACAUAUGCACAACUGCAGUGAUCAGUGAUGUACAAUUCAGGAGUCCAGAAACUAACAUGGAAAGACAUCCCUAUAAGGAGUACAGAGAGAUCUACCCAGACUGGGACAUAGCGGGAGAUGCCACUAUAGAGGCCUCAGAUUACUGGAAAUAUGAGAUGAUGAAGUUCAAUAACGAACUGGCUGAAGCUCAUGAUGCGAAACCUGCAGACAUCCCAGAUGAGUGGAAGAGGCUCACACAACAGGAUGCACUGACAGGUCUGAAGAGAUCAUUUAACAUGAAAUAGUGCAGGAAUAUAAAUAGUUUGUAAUCAUUGCCAGUGAUAAUAAAGGCAGUCGUCCGCAAACUUGACGAUCAAAUUGGAGGGAGAGGAGGCAGAGCAGUGAUGUGUGA